AUUCUGCUGGACGCUCGUCUCCAUACACCCAUGUACUUUUUUCUCUGCAACCUCUCUCUGGUGGACUUUGGUUACUCCUCAGCUGUCACUCCUAAGGUCAUGGCUGGGCUUCUCAUGGGAGAUAAGAUCAUCUCCUACAACCCUUGUGCAGCUCAAAUGUUCUUCUUUGUAGCCUUUGCUACUACAGAAAGUUACCUCUUGGCUUCCAUGGCCUAUGACCGCUAUGCAGCAGUGUGUAAACCCCUACAUUAUACCACCACCAUGACCACAAGUGUGUGUGUUUGUUUGGCCAUAGGCUCCCAUAUCUGUGGUUUCCUAAAUGCCUCUAUACACACUGGCGAUACAUUCAGUCUCUCUUUCUGUAAGUCUAAUGUGGUCCAUCACUUUUUCUGUGAUAUUCCAGCAGUCAUGGUUCUUUCUUGCUCUGAUAGACAUGUUAGUGAGAUGGUUCUAGUUCUUGUGGUUGGCUUCAAUAUAUCUUUUGCUCUUCUAGUUAUCUUUAUUUCCUACAUGUUCAUAUUUUUCACCAUUCUAAACAUGCGAACAGCUGAGGGAUACUGGAAAGCUUUAUCCACUUGUGCCUCACAUCUCACUGCUGUCUUCAUCUUCUACGGGACAGUUAUUUUCAUGUACCUACAACCUAGCUCCAGUCAUUCCAUGGACACAGACAAAAUGGCUUCGGUAUUCUAUGCUAUGGUCAUCCCCAUGCUCAACCCUCUUGUCUACAGCCUGAGAAACAAGGAGGUCAAGAGUGCAUUUAAGAAGGUUGUUGAAAAAACAAAAUUGUCUUUAGGCUUACCUUUGUAG